AUGCUGUCGUUACUAGCCUCAUCCAGAGCAUUCCGCCAGCCCCUAAUGGGCGCGCUACGCGCUUUCGCGACGGGCGGCGGGUGUCGCAACGGCCUCAACCGCGCCGCACCCGUACCAUCUCCCGCCUCGCGUUCGUCGCUCCUCCCCGCUCUGCGAACGCUCUCCGCUUCUCCCAUCACCCACACUACCACUGCCCCCAGCCGUCCCGCACACGCAGCUUUCACGUCAUCCUGGAGCCGCGGACUCGUCUCGCCUGUGUGGCCUUCCCCUUUUUUCCAGGGCGGUCAAUCUCGAGGGCUCGCUGGUUCUUUUCCACGCGGCUUGAAGGCCCCGAAUGGAAAACGAAAGGUCGCGAGUUCGAAACCUGCAGGUGGCCACCGAAAACGGUUAGAUCCGAGGGCAGCGGCGGCUGGAGCUUCGGCGGAAGGUGCGGGAGAGGAAGGCGCGGUGGGAGUUGCGGGGAAGGUGCCAGGAAUCUGCCCAGGCUGCGGCGUUACCAUGCAGAGCGAGGAUCCGAAACUGCCGGGUUUCUUCGUCCUUCCUGCUGCGCUCGAUCCCGCUAGAUCCGCCGAGGUUUCGGGUUUAGGGGAUGACGAGGGGAUAGAUGAAAAGGAGUUGGAAGAAUUAGAGGGUUUAGAGGAAGAAGAGGAGGAGGAAGCUGAGGGCAGGGAAAAAGUAACCAUGUGGACGGAGUUUGACCUAAAAAAUCGGGACAGCCCGGGGAAACUUGUGGAGGCGAAGCUUCCUCCUCUUGAGGAUGCUGAUGAUGACGUGGGCACGGGAUUCGAGGAGUUUGACGUGGACUUUGAUCUCGAUGCUGACCUGGCUGCGGAAGCUUCCGGGAAAAGCGGCAGGAAAGGCGGCAGUGAUGCCCGUGAGUGUCACGCCCUGAGGAACUACGGGCAGGUGAAAGACGAGAGCGUGGAAAAUCUUCUGCCCGACUUUGAUUUUGAGAGGGCAGUCGGGCAGCGUCUUCGGGCAGCUUACGGCCGUCGGGCAGUUGUGCUAGUAGUUGUCGAUGCAGCAGAUUUUGACGGGUCCUUCCCGCGCCGGGCAGCCGAACUUUUAGCCCGGGCAGAAGCUGAGGCCGCGGGCAAGUGGAAGGAAUCCCAGGCGGACGGCAAAGCAGCGGGGCCUCCUGGCGGCAGCAACACGUUUCGUCUGAUCCUCGCGGCAAAUAAAGCCGAUCUUCUGCCGCCGCAAAUCUCGCCGCUCCGACUGGAGCAGUGGAUUCGGCGCCGGGCGAAAGCGGGUGGCCUGCCUCGUCUUACAUCGCUGCAUCUACUAUCAGCCAAGACAGGGUUUGGAGUGGGGGGGAAAGGGGGGAAGAGCGGCGGGAAAGUGGGGAUGACCGGGAAGGGAGCAGGAGGGAAGGCCGGGAAGAAAGGAGGGAAAGGCGGAGGAGGGGGAGGAGGAGGGGGAGUGGGAGGAGUGGGGUUGACAGAGGCGUGGGUGCCUGGGACGACUAUAGGGGUGGUGCCUAUAGAGGGGGUGCUGGGGGGGAGGACGAGAGUGAUGGACACGCCAGGGCUGCUGCACCCGCAUCAGCUGUCUGUGCGGCUCACAAGGGAGGAGUUGAAGGUCGUUGUUCCCAAGAAGGCGCUUAAACCCCGCACAUUCCGUAUCAAGCCAGGGCAGUGUGUGCUGCUGGGGGGACUAGCGCGGGUGGAUGUGGAGGAGGCAGCAGCGGAGUCCAUCUAUCUGACAGCAUGGCUCUCGCCAAUGAUAGCGUGCCACAUGGGCAAGAUCGCCAACGCGCCUGCUGUGCUGGAGAAGCACGUCGGGGUCAAGCUGCAGCCGCCAGCAGAGGCAUCUCGCAUGGCAGACCUCGGAAUGUGGUUACCACGUUCCGUUACAGUCGAGGGCACGCGGUGGGACCAGAGCAGCACUGACGUGGCAAUCGCUGGACUCGGCUGGGUGGCUGUGGGAAUCAAAGGCUCAGCAAAACUUAAAGUGUGGACGUUUGAAGGGGUGGGUGUGACUGUAAGGGAAGCUAUGGUGUUUGAUUAUGCACCUGUGUUUGAACGCCCGGGGUUUUCUACUGGUGGGUUGCCUGUGACAAGGGAAGACGGAGGGAAGGGGGGCAGUGGUGGUGAUGGUACGGUGGGGAGCGGUUUGAAAGGGAAGAAGACGAAGAAAACCAGAGGCGGCAGCAAUAGGUCGAGGCCUGAUGAGGUUGAUGCUAUUGUGCUGUAG